AUGGCAAGCCCACCAGUUUUAAUGGUAGAUCAGUGUUGGUUAUGGGUUAUAGGAGGUUUGAAGCCCUUUUCAGUUCUGUCGAAAUGCUGACAUCUGGUAAGAUACCGUAGUGACCUGUUUUCCUAAUAGCUGGGCUGAGGACGUCAUUCCAAACAAUAUUGGGGAUCCACUUGACUUAUUGGAAAAGAUCGUUCAAGAUUUGAAUGAGCGGUCAAAGUAUGAAAACAUAACUACUUCACAAAAGUUUGCUACUAUUAUUAUCGAUCAUUGUGCUAGUAACGUGUAUGAUUUGGGGAUGGAAAGUAAUAAACAGUCUGAUAAAUUCCACUUUUUGGAAUUAUUUUAUCGAUCCAUACGAGAAAUGGUAAGAAUUUGUUCCCAAAAAACAUACAAUAACUCACUCUUCAACUGAAGCCACAUUCAGAGACUGACUAUCUGCCUAGAUGGCGGCUCAAACAGACCUUUUCGACAAGUUCUGUAAUGAUUCAAGUAGGUUUCAAGAAGUUCAACUCUCUAUGCAGAAGGUGCGGGAGCCAAAUACACCUGGUACACCUGGUGAUAUAACAGACCCUGAAUUGGAGGAGUUAAAAAAAGAAUUGCAUGAAUUACAGCAACCAAGGACAGGGAGCUUAUUUGACAUCACUGUGGAAAUCACCAAAUUAAGAGAGAUCAUGGACAUCCAAGACGAACUACACAUGAUUGAAGAUGUUUUAGAACAGCAGAUUAGGGCGAUAUUGAGGUUAGAUGAUGUGUUACAUUUCAAAAGGGACAACUCCGCCCCUGAUCUACUGAGCAAGAUUGAGAACCGUAGAGGAAUGAUUGCUCAGUUGCAAGCUGAUGCUCAGCGGCCAUACGAAGGGGUAAGCAUUGUAACAUUUAGUAAGAGAAGAUAAAAGUGUCAUCGACUAAUCCCAUGACAGCUCAAAAACAGGCAAACGCUUCUGAGGCACGAUCGGGUCGCCAACAGGCUGAACAAGCUACUCUGCAAGCUACUUUGCAAGCGAAGCAGGCAGAGGCUACUACAAGACAAGGGACUUCAAUCAUGCUUGUAAGUAAUUCUUUUCUUAGAGGUAGAAUAUCAGAAAGCUAACAACAAGGAAAGUUUACCACAGUGACUAUCCUAUUUGUAAGCUCUUAAGGUAUGCAGUAUAAGGUGAACCGAUCUGACCAGCCCAUAGCUCCCGUUAUCCACACUCUCUUCCAUUUUCGGGCUCAACGCAAAAGAUCUCAACGACGGGAACAUCGCCAUAAGCGUCGUAUUUGCCUACAUCUGUACGUAAAAUUCCCCCUUUCCUGACUUACCUGACCCCCUCUGCAGAUACUAACAUUAACAAGUCCCUCUGUCAUUAUUCAUAGUAAUAAUGGCCUUCCUCCUCGUCUUCCAUGAAGGCGUCCGCAUCUUCUUCACCCUCUACGUCACAAAAGCACUGCAAAAAAUCCAUACACUAUCUGGAUUCUCCAAAUUCUUCCAUGCCGAUCGUGUCUCGAAAUGGAAAGAGAAAUUAGAAGAGAUGAGGAAUGAGGAGGCAGCACCAUCCGGCAGAAGCGAGACAUAGGGAAGUGAAAUCGAAGACGACGACUCUUCUGUAGUAUUUUCGGGGAGCCAAAUUGCUAGGAGAGGUGGUCACUGGACAGCUAAGUGGAGAUCUUUGCGUUUUCGCCUGCGGUAGAGAGCGUAUGAAGGCAGGAGAACUUUAUUGGUGUCAAGUUUUGCAACUGAGCCGACCCAGUCGAGGAGGUCUUUGAUGGUCGAUUAAUACGAAACAUAGUUUCUACGAUGAGUAGAGGUUGAAGAGACAAGAGAUGCAUAUUCAAAUUAAGAAAGCUUCGAUAAUUGAUAUUUGUCGGCCUCUUGGUUCAUCAUUAUGGAAAUAUUCUCUUUUGGAAAUGUGCCUGGGAGAGGUCCAUUUGACAGAGUUUAGCGAGCAUGUACAGUACUCGAGUAUACACUAUACAGUAGCAAGAAAUGCCACCACAGAAACAAACA